AUGUCGCAUUCUACAUCCUUGUUGAUACUCGGGGUUCUGUUAUUUUCUGUAACCUCUAUUGCCCAUGAUCACUCUCCGGAGCAAAACGCCUUCAAAUUAGAGAAAUUUCAAGAAUCUUUGAAAGAAUCCACUUGGUUGGAGAAGUAUGGUCCUCAGAUUGACCAAUCGUUUUCGGGCCCUCUAUCUUUCAGUCAUUUACCAUACACAAGGUGUCUAGAGAACGAAGAGACAAAAUUCGACAUUGCUAUUUUGGGCAUGCCUUUCGACACUGCUGUAACCUACAGACCAGGAGCGAGAUUUGGUCCAUAUGCUAUACGUUCGGGAAGUCGAAGGCAAAGAGAAGCUAGAGGGUAUACAUUGUCUUGGGCGAAGGAUCCUUUCGCCGAAGGUGUGAAGAUAAUUGACUGCGGGGAUGUACCUGUGAACCCUUUUGACAAUGCUCUUGCGAUUGACCAAAUGGAGGUGGCGUACUCUACAUUACUGAGGAGGGCCCUUGCUACGCCUGAAAGAGCAAAGGGUACUAUGCUAAACCCUCAUCCACGUAUCAUAAGUCUAGGAGGUGAUCAUACUAUCGUGCUCCCAAUUCUUCGUGCCUUGAACAAGGUCCAUGGUCCCAUCUCUGUAAUACAUUUUGAUGCUCACCUGGAUACUUGGCGCAGUUACCCCGGAGCAGUAACGAAUCAGUCUCGAGUGACGCAUGGCACUUUCUUUGCAGUCGCGCAAGAGGAAGGCCUAAUCUCUAACACGAGUAUACAUGCUGGUAUUCGAUGCAAGCUUGAAGGGGAGGAAGACCUUGAAAAUGAUGAGAGCGUAGGUUUCCAACUCAUCUCAGGAGACGAUAUCGACGAUUUGGGCAUUCCUGAAAUCAUCCGGCUCAUACGCAAGAGAAUUGGUGAUAGCCCCGUGUAUCUGAGUUUGGAUAUCGAUGUGAUAGAUCCAGGACUAGCACCUGCCACUGGUACACCUGAAGCUGGAGGUUGGACGACCCGAGAAUUGAAGCGCAUUCUUCGCGGACUGGCUGGCCUGAAUUUGGUAGGCGCUGACAUUGUGGAAGUGGCGCCUGCGUAUGACAACGCCGAGAUUACUGGCAUUGCAGCUGCAGAUUUGGUGCACGAUUUCCUAAUGAUGUUCUUGUCCGACCAUCCUCCCACAAAACGCAAGGCCAGAGGGGAUCCAAGAGACGAGUUGUAG